AUGGGUGAUAAUUCAUCAGUUUCAAAUUUACGUACUACUGCUCUAGAUUCGGGGUCUACUGUGACUACUCUUAUUGAUCCUUCACAUCCAUACUACAUUUUCUCUUGUGAUGUAUCGGGGAUUUAUCUAGUAUCCACUCUUUUUGAUGGUACAGGAUAUGUGAAUUGGAGUAAGGGAAUGUUGAUGUCUCUUUCUGCUAGGAACAAAAUAGGUUUUAUAGAUAGAUCAUGCCCUAGACCUUCUGUUACUUCACCUCUUUACAAGGCUUGGGAUAGAUGUGACAAUUUAGUUGGAACAUGGAUUUUGAAUGCUUUAACCACGCAAAUAAGGAAUAGUGUUCUGCACUCUAAGUCGGCAAAAGACAUGUGGGAUGACUUGAGAGAUAGAUAUAGUCAACCUAACGAGGUUCGGAUCUAUCACCUCAAGAAGGAUUUGGUUGGGGUGACACAAGGGAAUAGUGACAUAGCAACAUAUUACUCUAGACUUAAGAAACUAUGGGAUGAAUUGAGUAUUCUUAAUUCUUUUAUGACAUGCUCUUGUUGUGAUUGUAUCUGUAAAUGUAUAGCAAAAGGGCAUAAUGCUGUUAUGAUUGAGAGUGAUAAAGUGCACUAG